AUGGAGGUUGUACAAAAGUAUGAGGCCUUCCAAAGAAUUGAUGGCAAGAUGAGAUUUUCUUACGUCCAGAUCUUUGCCCAGCGGGAUGGCAUGUUAUAUUCUGGGAAAUGGCCAAACCGACUUGAUUCUCCGACUACGCUCGAAGAACUCGAGGAACUUGAGCAAAUACCGACUGAGGACAGGGGCCCGGAGAUGAAAAAAAGCUGGUCUGCAGUGUUUGUGAAGACGCCAAGUCUUCUGGCAUAUGUCGAUGGAAACCUCAAAAAGCGAAUCACUCGCGAAGUUGAAACUUGCGAGAUCCUUCGGAAGAAUCCUCAUCCAAACGUCGCGACUUACUACGGUUGCAAUCAAGAUCACGGUCGAGUCUCUGGCUUAUGCUUCAAGCGGUAUACGUCCACAUUACUUCAGGCGGUCAAUCCUCAAUGCCUUAACAAGGCCGCUUUCCUUUCGAGUGGGCGCGAGCUAGUGACUGGAAGUAUCAAGAGUGGCCUCCAAGGGGUUCUAGCAGCCAUCAAACAUCUUCACUCGCUCGGACUUGUCCAUAAUGACAUUAACCCCGCCAACAUUAUGCUUGAUGAGGACGGAACCCUUAUUUUCAUAGACUUUGACAGCUGUCGAUGCAUUGGAGAGUCCCUGCGCAGCACCGAAACAAAAAGAACCAGGCACUGGCAUGACCCCAACGUCGACAUUUCAACUGAAAAAAAUGAUCUGGAUGCGUUCAAAGAUCUACAAACUUGGCUGACGGGGUCAACGAUUGAAGAUUUCAUUUGGAAAGACACUUGA